UGCUACCGCGGCCCCGCGCAGAAAAGCUCGCAGCCAUUGCACCUUUCCCAAGAGUGCAGUUAGUGUGGGAGCGGCUACCACCCACCUCGGGGAAAAGGGGGUGGGAAAGAGGGGGAGCCGUGCUCCUCCCCCACGCCAGGUCCUCGGGGAGUGAGGUUGCAGCUGGGGGUUCUGCCGCUUGGGUCUCGCUUGGAAGCGCCUGGGGCAAGGAAAGUUUCCGGCUUCUUCUUUUUCCCCGCUUCUCCCUUUCCUUCUUUUUAUCCUCUCUGCUGGCCCGGUGGCACGAUGACGGCGUCUCCCGACUACCUGGUGAUUCUCUUCGUGACCACGGCGGGCACCAACGGGGCAAGGUUGGGCUCAGACGAGCGAGAGCUGCUCCAGCUCCUGUGGAAAGUGGUCGACCUGAGGAGUAAGGAGCUGGGGCACCUGCAUGACGUGCUGGUCCGGCCUGACCACACAGAAUUGACGGCUGAGUGCCAGGAGAUCACCCAAGUGGAUGUGGAGAGCCUGGCACUGGCUCCACCGCUGGAGCAGGCAUUGAGACAGUUUAAUCAGUCCGUGAGCAAUGAACUGAACAUUGGUGUAGGUACUUCUUUCUGUUUCUGUACUGAUGGACAGUUGCACAUUAGGCAGGUUCUACACCCUGAAGCUUCCAAAAAGAAUAUUUUACUGCCUGAAUGCUUCUACUCCUUUUUUGACUUGCGGAAAGAGUUCAAGAAAUGUUGCCCUGGCUCACCUGAAGUUAGCAAACUCGAUGUUUCAGCCAUGACAGAAUAUUUAAAUCUUGACAAGAACAGUCCAGCAUUUCCCUAUGGUGCCUCUCAAGUUGAAGAUAUGGGGAAUAUUAUUUUAACAUUAAUAUCUGACCCAUACAAUCACCGAUUUUCAGAUCCAGAAAGGGUGAACUACAAAUUUGAGAGUGGGCCUUGCAGCAAGAUGGAACUUGUGGAUGACAAUGCUGUUAUCCGAGCAAGAGGAUUGCCAUGGCAGUCAUCUGACCAGGACAUAGCAAGAUUCUUCAAAGGUCUAAAUAUUGCCAAAGGAGGUGCUGCACUCUGUCUCAAUGCCCAAGGUAGGAGGAAUGGGGAGGCUCUUGUGAGGUUCGUAAGCGAAGAGCAUAGAGAUCUAGCACUACAAAGGCACAAGCAUCACAUGGGGAACCGAUACAUAGAGGUAUACAAGGCAACAGGUGAAGACUUCCUUAAAAUUGCAGGAGGUACUUCCAAUGAGGUUGCACAGUUCCUGUCAAAAGAAAACCAAGUGAUUGUCAGGAUGCGAGGUCUUCCUUUCAAUGUAACAACAGAAGAAGUGCUGACUUUCUUUGGCCAGCACUGCCCUGUAACAGGAGGAAAGGAAGGAGUCCUGUUUGUCACUUACCCUGACAGCAGGCCAACAGGGGAUGCCUUUGUCUUGUUUGCUUGUGAGGAAUACGCACAAAAUGCACUGAAAAAGCACAAGGAUUUGCUGGGGAAAAGGUACAUUGAACUCUUCCGGAGCACUGCAGCAGAAGUUCAGCAGGUGCUGAACAGGUACUCUUCCACACCUCUCAUUCCUCUCCCAACACCUCCAAUUCUUCCAGUAUUACCUCAACAGUUCGUGCCUCCCACUAACAUCAGAGACUGCAUACGUUUGCGUGGUCUUCCCUAUGCUGCUACUAUAGAGGACAUUCUGGACUUCCUGGGAGAGUUUUCUACAGAUAUUCGGACCCAUGGAGUUCACAUGGUACUAAAUCACCAGGGACGUCCAUCGGGAGAUGCUUUCAUUCAGAUGAAAUCUGCAGAUCGAGCUUUCCUGGCUGCACAGAAGUGUCACAAGAAGACUAUGAAGGACAGAUAUGUUGAAGUCUUUCAAUGUUCUGCUGAAGAGAUGAACUUUGUAUUAAUGGGGGGCACUUUAAAUCGAAAUGGCUUGUCCCCGCCACCAUGUAAGUUACCAUGCCUUUCACCCCCUGCCUACUCCUUUCCAGCUCCUGCUGCAGUUGUGCCAACAGAAGCUGCUCUGUAUCAGCCGUCCAUGCUUCUGAACCCACGAACACUCCAGCCCUCCACAGCCUACUACCCUGCUGGGGCUCAGCUCUUCAUGAAUUACACAGCUUAUUACCCCAGUAUGCAGCAGAGGAUGGACUUGUACACACAAAUUAUAUGGCCAGGACAGUGUCCAAAGAAUGGAUUUGCAUUUAAAGGCUCCAGCAGUUAGACUUCCUUAGUGAAGGUAAGAUAACAAAUCCCAGGAGAUAGGGUUUGUGUGUAUCAUAGUGUUUUAUUCAGAUAACCGCCAUACUCAACAUAAUUUGUCAUUUGCUGCCCUGAGAAGGUGGCUACACUUUGCUGCGUCCAGAAUGUCAUGCUGCAAUAUGUAAAACCCUAUGAAAUCCAUAAUUUAAAGGAUUUUAACUACUCCAGUCAUCUUAAGGGUUGCUGCUUUGUAUGUUUCCCAGGGCUUCGAAUGCAUGCUACUUUAAGCUUUAGUAGCAGUGCUGAGAGCCUGCAGAAAGCUUAUCAGAGCCAAUUUUCUCUGUGGAGCAAAGUGUGGAGAUGAUGUUACUCUCCUAGCAAUGCACUAAAAUGAGGUGUUGGUUAGACAGAAUAAGCCAGUUUCUUAGUUAACUACAGAAUCCAAUGUCUAAGCUUCACACUGAUGUAAAAUUGCAGCAAUGAAGUAGUUUGUAUAAGAGCAGCUACUUUCUUGCUGUUGUUAGCUUUCUGAUCAGGCCACUUCAGCCUUUCAAGUUUGGUUUACUUGAUCUUCUGUAUAGGAGCAGUCAAAGGGUGAAGUCACCCAGAAAGCAUUUGUGCAGAAAAAUGCAAGUUGAACUGCAAGGCAGUGUAUUGAUGGACCAUGAGACUUAUCGUGUCGUAGUCUCAAAGGAGGAUAUAGAAAUGUAUUUGCAAAAAAUGCUUCUGGAAUCUCUAGUCUUUGAAAAAAAUAAGUAGUUAAAGAAGUGAUUAGAUUUUUUUAUGCCCCUUUCUUUCCUCUAUUCUGUUUUUCAGUUUUCCCUCUGAAAAAUAGCAACAAAGCUGUCUGGUUUUUCUAAUUCUUCUGCUUUUGACACAGACAACUUAGCCCAGGGUGUAAUCUACUUCUGGUCAAAAUCUUUACCUGCAGCAUCACCUCACUGUCAUCUGCUCCAAGUGUGCUACUUUUGCAUGUGUAUGAGUGACCACUUCAGCUUGUUGUCUAACAAGCUGGCCUUUGGCUGAAUUGAUGAAGCUAAAUCCUGUCCCUGCACUGACAGUCAGAGCCAUAAUUAGCUGCUUAGUGGCCUCCUGGCCAAAACUAUACUACAUCACUUCCAUCUACUUAUUGUGUUGUCAUCCAGUGACUAGAUCAGGAAGCUUCCUUAUCCCGCUGGAAAAACUCUUGGGGUUUGUCUUUGUUUUCAGCCAGUUUACAGCUUAGCAGUGCUAGUUGCCUGUGUUGGCCCAGAGACAGGAAAGAAGUGGCCAAAGCAGGCACUGAGACAUAGGAAUGGCAUUGCCACAUUGGACUUAAUUAUAAGGCUUCACCUCCAAAGGUAAAAGGUCAUGGAAUAGUGAAUAAAUUCAGGUAUACUCUUAGUGCAGCACUCGUAAUUUAAAUGACAUUUUCUAUUAAAGUUAUAUGUGUGUAAGGUGAAUACUAAAGCUUUUGGUUCUUCUGUAAUGAUUUUUAAUUUAGGAAAUCAAGAAAUUAAUAUUUGCUUUUAUCAUGGUGUUCAGUGAUCUGCACAACUCUUUCAUGCAGAUUCCUCUACCCUUUAUGAUGUUUUGAACAAACACAGCAAGCCUAGAUGGAGAUUUUGAUUAUGUUUCCAGCUUUACUGCUUCUCAAGCCAGUUGUGCUCAAGAAAAAAACUACCAGAUCUCUGAAAGUGACCAGAUGGGUCUGUUACUGUUUUAAAGUUCAUGCACAAUUUUCAGACAUGCACACCCAGACCACUAAGCCCUUCACUGAGAGCACAGGUGCUGAAAUUGUGCAAAUCCUUGAGGGUUUCUGCUUGAUAAAGUAUUAAGCUGCUCUUAACACAAAAAUUGUUCAGCCUGAACCUACAAAGUCUGAUCUCUUUCAUUCUCUGAAAUAGCAAAAAAGUCUUUUUUACAUAAUUUUGCACACAGUUUAAAAUAGUUCUUUUUAAUUAAAGUGUUUUAUAACCUCUAAUUUUGCAUUUGACAUUUUAAUAAAAAAAUCUUUUGUCUUGUAUAUAUUUGUCUAAUCUCUGCAAAAGAAGCCACUGUAAACUUUAUAUGCAGGCAUAUUUUACACAGUGCAGAAAUAAUUAGGAAUGUAAAAUGGAUUAUCUAAGGAAAAAAAUGCUGUAACUUUGUAAAAAUAUGUGUGGGAUGUUAAAUGCUUUCUCUGAUUCUUAUCUUGCAGGCUUUUCCUAUGCACUCAAGUAUUUAUAUUUUAAAAGGCUUACAGGAGUAGGCAUUUUCAAACUUUGAUCACACUGUGUACUCAGAAAAUGAGAAAUCCAGUUAACCUCUCUCCUGUGGUCCUACUUUCAUAUUUCCACUUCAUGUUCUCCCCACCCUUCUUGGUGUUUGACUGUCUUCUAUGCAAGAAAAGCAAUGUGACCUGCAUUUAAGACCCCGUGCCUUGUCUGCUCUAAGAGAGGGUCGUUCAGAGCUGGUAGUUUGAGCUUGGUCUCUCUGGACUAUAGCUGGUAACUCAGCACCACAACUCUCACUCUUACCAGAGAACUCAGAUGCUAUACAUGCUCCUAAAUAACUGCUGUCUGUGAGCAGCCCUGGGUCUCCCUGCCUGCCCUGGGCUGGGCUUCAGGCACAGGAGUAGAUCACUACACCUUUCCAUGGCAGUUCAAAUCCUCAUUUAAGCCCUGAAACAGAAACGGAUGAGGCUAAAAUUGGAUAGGUUCUUUGGCACCUUCAAAAUAAGUAUUGCAGAACUGAAGAAUGCAGGCACUUUAGGUAGGUGGUGCUGUAGGAGUUUUUAGUUACUGUGAACCCAAAUCCACAACAGUGCCUUGGUAUCCCUGAAAGUAAAUACAAGGGAAGAAAAAACAAGAGAGUGUGGUGGGGGUGAUAAAGUAGAAAAGGUCUUCCAGACAAGGCAAGUUGAUAAUCUCAUUUCUAGUAUCUAAUAAAAAAAAAAAAAAAAAACCUCAAUCUUUCCCCCUUUAAUUUUUCCUUGGUUUUUGCCCUUCUCUUCCCUUGGUCCGAGCUUCCCCUGCUCACUCAAGCCAUAGUAAUCUAGAUUUACAUUUUAUCCUGGAAAACUUCAUACUGUUGCAGUCUAAAGUAUUUGACAGGGCCUUUUUUUUUUUUUUUUUAAAUCACUGUUCUGUAAACAUGACUACAUUGAACAUGAUUAUUUGAUGCAAGAUACUUUUAAAUGGUAUUUUCAACUUUUCCUUCUGAGAAAAUGGUUCUGCCUUUAAUUAUGUAGCACAAUUACAAAUUAGUAGUUAUGCAUGAGGAAAAUUAGCCUAUAUAAGCCACUAGGGAAGUGAUGGGGGAGUAGAAUUUUUGCCUGUUAACUGUGCAGGAGUAUCUUAAGUGUUCAAAUAGAGACAGAUAAUGAGGGUAUGGGAAGCAGUAGGCCAGAAAAGGUUUGGAAAUAAAAAUCACAAACUGAAUGCAACUAUACUUAAAUGCUUUUGCAAAAACAAACUUCAUGUUGGGUUGCACAAAUGGGCUUCUAGUUUGGGAUGCCUUUGCAUUUUUCCAAGUAUUCUCUACAGAGUAACUGUAAAACUUCAGCAAAAACUUAUAACCAACAAUUUGCUCAAAAACUGUAGAGUGAAGAGAAGCAAUGUGAAAACAGCUCCCCCAGGCCUGCUGAAGGCAUUAGCAUUACUUAAUUGGGUGAAAGGAAGCUGGGGAGAGGCAUGAGAACAGUAUAUUAAAAAAUGUGGCUACAAAGAAAGAAGGAAUAAGUUCUUCCCAUUGUAUAUGGGACAGAAGUGAGGGACGGAGUUACAGGCAGGGAUUAAGGGUUCAGAACAAACUUUCUCCUACCAACAGUAGUUAAACACUGAUCUGAACUGCCUGGGCAGGCUGCACAGUCUCCACCCUGGUAAUCUUUUGGGACUGGUUGGCCAAGCACUUAUCAAAAAUGGCACUGGUAUAACUGAUCCCACUGUCAGGCACAGAUGUGGACAAGAUGUCCUUUUCUGAUAUUCAUCUGUGUGAUGAUACUGCUUUUUUCUUAGGACCCUGACCUCAGAUAUUGUAAAGUUAGCUGUACAUCUUAGCUCCCAACUCAGAUCGUAUAUAUUUUGCUAUUUUUCACAAGCUCUCUCAUGUUUUGAAAUUUUUGUAUUCUAUAUUUUCAGAACUGAAUUCUUUAUAUUCCUUUUCAACAUGUCUCUGUUUAAAUUCAUUACAACAUUAACUAUAAUUUAACCUAAAGCUGAAUAGAAUAUUAUUUCCCUGUUAUAAUGUCUAUAUGGUUUCGAAAACAAACUAGAAAUGUUUCCCAGACAAGGGGGAAAUGUGUAUGUUCUGUUUUCUUUUUGCAAAAUUAGUUGGUGAAUCUCACAGCUUUGCUAUCCCUUAAUAUCUCCAUUAUCUCAGUUAGGCAGGUUCUCAGCUAGAGGCGAUUUUAUUUAUUUAAGCAGGAAAGCCUGAGACUCCAUCAGUAAAGAUGAAAGUCCAAUUCCACAAUGUAACUUUCUUGAGGUUAAGAGUAUUGAUUGAAUUUGAGAUGGGAAUCUAUUGCUCAUGUGUUUGAAUGUGUAAAGAAUUUAUAAUAUGAAGGUAACUGGAAUUAAUCUGAAAAAAACCAUGAAAAUACAGAUUAUACUUUCACAAAGACUAUAUUUAAAUUUAUUGUGUUACAUGGAGAAAGUUCUUCUUUCUUCUCUUUUUUCUAUGCUCUCAUCUCUGCCCUGUUCUGCUUUUCCCAGUCACCUCCUUGGCCUCUCUGGAGCUGGGAAUAGGGUAGAGUUGGGCUGUGCCCCUCACUAGGAGGGAAGGGGAUGAGAGGAGACCCAAAGCACCAGCCAUCCUGAGCAAAUGUCAAAGUGCUGCCCCAGAGAGAGGAUGACAAAGAGCAGGCAUGGUCUGCUCCCCAGCACCUCCCAUCCAGACCAUGUCCCUUUCUGGUGCUGUACUCAGGAAAGGAGCCUGUGUUUGCUGGGCUUGCUAACCCCUCAAAACAACUGGUUAUUUCAGCAUGUGCUCAGACAGGCACGGGCAGCUCCUGCAGCCACACAAGCUCCUUGCUUUGUUGUCAUUUAAUCGUUAAUCACUUGAAUGGAGAUGUAAACAACUGUGCUCUCUUGUACCCUCACCCAGAAAGGAGCCAAGUGAUCCUUUUACACACUAUAGGUCACUCUGGGCAGUCAAAGCAAGUGUAAGCAAGAUGAGUUUGCUUUCCCCUACCUUUGCCACCUCUGCCCUGCUUGGUUUGUGAAGCUGAUGGAAGGUCAUGCUGUACUAAAGGAAACAAAGGGAAAAAUUGUUUUCAUGGUGUAAAUGGAACGUGACGAUAAAAACUGUUCUUCUGUGGCUCUGGCAUGUUGUGUGGCAGUUCCUUGGUGUGUUACCUCCAUUUCCCCAGGGAAUGUGGUUCUGGUCUGCUCUGGGAGUUCCUGUAAUGAGACACUGCAGUAACAGAGUUGCAGCAAACCCUGGUGAAAGGAUAUACAGCCAAAGCCCUGCCUACAGAACCAAGCUGGAAAACAGCUGCAAAAGCUGGCUGUGACUGCACUGAGAAAAGUUAUUAAAUACCAAUUUUACUUCUUCAUUUACUCCUGUGAGAAAUGUGGCUGCACACAUCAGCCUGGCUGGGCUUGAGGGAGAUGACUGAUUGAGUGGCCAUAGCUGAGCAAGGAGCCCACAUAAACUCCAGUAAACCCUACUCUGACUGCCUGUCAUUGCCUGUGACAAACUGUCUGAAACAAAGAAAUAUCAUCUCACACUUAAACUUUGGGUUUUUUUCCAACUUUAUCUCUUCAGUUAAUGAAAGAUAUCACUUCUUCUUACAAAAUAUGCCCCUAAUCAUAUCCUGGGGCCAUGAUUUCAUAGUAUGAAAGCAACUCCCUUUGAAAAUCCCUUCUCCCUCACCCACCAGCCAUGCUUGCACCCAGCCCUGUGCCACCACACACCAGCUUGGGUCCUGGGCAUAGCUCUGAGGGUCCGAGGAUAUUCUUGGGCAUGGAGAAGCAACAGAGACCUCAAACUACUCUCUAGUUGGCUAUUACUGAACACAGUUUGGAGCUGGAUCAACAAUGGUGGCUGCACGCACAAGGGAGCCGAGCCAGGAAUGAGCAGUGCAGGACCAAGGAGCACCAUCAACAGCACAGGUCUGUCACUAGAGCAUCACGGCGUCACAGGCAAUGAAACAGCCUGAGGAGACCCGGGGGGAAUUUGGGGCAGGCCAGCUGGAGGCUCUCACCCCCAUGAUAGCACUAGCACAUAAAAUCAUCCCACACUCAGUCAGGAUUUCCCGUGAUGGGCAAAUGGGGGGAAGACACUUUUCCCACCCACUUUUGUUGCACCACAGAAGAGAAAUCAAAUGAAGGAGUGGUUUGGACCUACAAAGCUACAAGCCUUGUCUGCCCAAGCAAUUAAUGACUAAUCUCAUGCUGAUUUGUGAGCCUGACUGGUGAUAAAAGAAUGGACCUGGGCUCACCACAGUCAGGGAGCCUGGACAGGGAGUGCUGAGGCCCUUCUGUGAAUUGCUGCUGGUGUUUGGGAGGUUUGGGCAGGAGCUGAGGCUGUAUGAACUCAGCUGCAGUGAGAUCCUUGAUGGGGAGGGACAGAGGGAGAAAGGGACAGAGGAGAGUCCUCUCUCAGUCACAUUUAAGUGGGGACAGAGGAGAGUCCUCUCUCAGUCACAUUUAAGUGCACUUAGCAGGGAGAGCCCACCAUGGUAGCACAGGAAUGAAAUGAGAAUGUACAGAAAUGAGUGCAGAGAAAAUUAAAGAUGGCCUACAUUAUUCAGCAAGCCUGGUUUGCUUUUUAGAGAGCUGCUACACAUUGGUGCCUGCAGAGAGAAUCUAUCCAUCAUCAUAUAAAGAAGCAUCAUCAGCAGAAUGGGAUUUUGUGAGUGCUUGCUCUGAGAUCUCUAACACCAAAUCCCAUGUCUUGUGCCUUUCCAUGCACAGGAGCAGUUGCAUGGGCUGCUGCAAUCCAGAGGCUGCUGGCUCUGUCCAUACCGUCCCUCUACUUGCCUUUCUGGCUUCCAGGAAAGAAAGGAUCACCCAUGGCUUUGCUUAGCUUCCAGUCUGAGCCCCUAUAUCAGAGCCAGCAUCAGGUUCCAGAGGAAGGUGUCUGCUGCAAGCUCCCCAGCAGCCCCAGCUUUCCGCAGGCAGCAGCAGCAGCGUCUGGCACGUGCUCUCCACAUGAAAAGACACACAACAGCACUUCACCUGCAUGUUUUAGGAGACUGAUGUGUAACUUGGAGUGCAAGAUUCAGGCCAAAUACAGAACAAAGCAGCCCAUGUAUUAAAAAGUUUCAGGUUGUGCAAGUUUGCCUUCAGGUGAAGUGGGAAGGGUUAUUACAUGGAAAAAAUGUCACUUAAAAGCUAUCUCAAAGUAAGCACAAAGUGACAGAGUGACAUUACUAGAGCACCCCAUUGCUUGUGAGCUAUCCCUGAAAUACAGUUACAACCAGCUGGGAAAAGCUAGUAAGGCAGAGUUGAGACAUGAGCUUUAACACUUGAUUCUUUUUCUGACAGCGACUGCAAAAAUAGUAUUGAAUGGCAUGACAUGUUCAUUAUUUCUUUCUGACUUCAGGUUAAAAAGCAGCCUAUGUUCAAGGAGACUGUACCCAGAGCUAAAAACCCAGCCUGAUCUUGAAGUCUCAGGCAGACUGGGUCUCCUUUCCAUGUGAGGUCACCAAUUGCAGCUACUCUGCAAGUUCAGUAACACCCUCGCCGGUGCCCGGUGAAGGCUUCUGUAAUCUUGGGUUUACCAGCUGGGGAGCUCAUGGGCUGUGAGAGCCCUUGGUCUGAAAUGCUGCUGGAGCAUCACACAACAUCACUGUGGAUGUUCUUCCCCUCCCACACUGCUCUCCAAGCAGGAUCAAAAAGGUAUAAUGAGGUAAAAAUAAAUAAAUAGUGGCAAUGUAAAGCUGGGUGCUGUGCUUAGCUGUACACCUCAGGGCAGUAACAGCAUAUUUGAGGUCAUUGCUCAGAUCUUCAUCCUUUGUCAGGAAAACAAUGUUUGGGAAAAGCUCGGAGCCUCUGGCACAGCCACCCCAUCUUCAUGGGCAGCACCCUGCUUGGCAGAAUCAAACCACCCACCCAGCACUGUGUGGCAAGUGGGAAAAACUGCUGGAAACCAAGCUCUUGGCCACAAAGGGUUUGAGAAUAAACUCCACUUCUGGCCUAUUGUGCAGGUGAUUUUCUUCACCUCCCAACUCAUUACGAAACCUAUGAGCUGUGACCAGCUUUUCUGUUGCUACAAGCAAGUAAUUCUGCCAUUGACAUGUCUGUCUGUGGCACAGUGAGACCUGGCAUCGCCUCCACCAGCUGAGGCUGUGGCCACAGAGAGCACUUCCCAGCCCAAGAAAAUGGAGCCUGGGAGGUAGAAAUACAAAAAGGCAGUGUCUCCCAAAUCUAUCUCUGUACGUGCUCUGGGAUAAAUGUACAGCAGCUCAAUGAACUGGAAGGAAGGCCAUUUCUGGUUUAAUUAAAUGAGCAGAAUAAGGAACCAGAUGCAAGAAUAAAUAAAGAAUAAAGAAUAAAGAAUAAAGAAUAAAGAAUAAAGAAUAAAGAAUAAAGAAUAAAGAAUAAAGAAUAAAGAAUAAAGAAUAAAGAAUAAAGAAUAGCUGCUGCUUCUCCAGGAGACAACUUCAGAGCUGGGGGCUGGUUUGUGAAUGGGCCACUUUCUACUGCUCCUGUCUGUCAGAAAACCACUGUAUUGUCAUGGCAUGUAGGUGACUUGAACUGACAUCAGUGAUGAUCAUACACUUGCACUGGAGGGGAAACUGAACUUUCCUUGAUGGCAGAUGCUGGCUCUCCCUGCAGUGCACACCAGGAUCACCUGACAAAUCCCACCAGGGUGAUGCACAACACACUUGGGGUACUGACAGAUUUACAGAAUCCUGCUUAAGGUAGAAGGCAGCUGCACAGCAGCUGUAAAAGGCACCUGCACAUUCUUAUUUUGUUGUGUUCAACUCAACUGAACUAAUAAGACAAAAGGCAAUUUCAAAGCACCUUGCAGAUUACCUUGUCCAAGAUAUUCUUAAAAGCUCACACAAUUAAAGUGCAUUUGAUAUAAAAAUAAAGUAUCAGUCUUGACAGUGUGUAAUACCUACAAUGUUUUAACCCAGGAGAAUCAGCUCUGUUAAGUGUAUCAUGUUACAACUGCUGGCACCUGCGAAUAGCCUCUGUGUUUCUGGGUCAGAUCUUUCAGAUCCCAGUUUGUCAGACUAGAAGGGGCUGAACCUCUCCUACCUCUCUCUGUACUGUGCGCUCCAGUACAUCUAAUGGCCAGCAAAGUGCAACAGAAGCCACGUGUGCAGCUGCUGAGAGUGCUGGUGUCUGUGAUUUAGACCAUCCUGAAAUCAGUCUCUGGCACCCCAUUUCACUGUAAUUUGGGUGCUAUGGAAGUGUUUGUGCUGCUGAGUGAUUUCUGUUGUUUCAAACCUGACAGUGCUCACUCUCUACCUCCUGCCCCACCCUGCAGAGCUUACCCUGGUCCCACUCUUUGGAGACUCCGUGACAGCAGAGUCUGAGCAACCACUGGUCUCAGAGAACCUGGGUUUCACCUUACUCUUUGCUAGCCUAGUGGUCUGACUUCUCUAGGGUUUAGCACUAGAUGGCUACAAGCUUUAUCUAUAAGCAAGGGAAAGUGCAAACAGCUUUUAUCUCCACAAAGCCAGGCAGCGUGUCCUCCACCGGCUUGGGGUCAACAGCGUCUAUCUGAGAGGUUAAAAACUAACAGACUCUUAUCUACAAAACCUCUUGCAACACCGAGACCUGAGAUAUCUUGUUUUCUGGCUCUCGAGACAAAGACCGUGGCUUAGGUUGACACUUUAAAGUUUCAUUUUGCCAGUUGGGAGUUUGCAAGGCUUUGUGUGUACCAUCCCUGGCCAAACAGUCACAUCACAGGGCUGCUGUUAUCACAAAAGUGAAACCUAUUCAAACUGUCAUCCUACUAUCGAGUAUCCCAGCCCCACUAUGUCCAAGGAGAAGCAGGUAGUCAGCUACAGCUGUUUGCUUGAUAAAUAUUGAUGGUGCAGAGCAAGGAGUAUUGCAACACUGCAAAAGGUCCUUAAAAAUGUUCGGAGGAUGAAAAUUGCUGGCACUGUUGUGAUUUUGAAGCUCAAAUAAUAAAUGAUUCAACAACUGUACAGUUACCAUGGGGAUGAAUUCUCAUUGAGCCUAAAAUUACCAAGCUGCUGACAAGGAGCUAUUUUUAGUAUCAGCAGAUGUGUAUCUUUAAGAACAUCAGCACAGACCUACUACUGUGUGUUUGUGUAUGCAUGCCUGCUGUAAUUGAGUUUUCUCAUGCUAAUAAUAAAAGCAAAAAUAAGUAAA